GAACUCCAGCGUUUGACUGUUAAUAGUUUCAGGCCGGACGUAUUUUUGGAGCUACACCGCCAACAUGGACGCUGGUUCUCAGCGUGUUUUACAGUAUUUAACAGAAGUUGAAGAGGCAGCUGAAGAUGUUCUCACUACUAAACAACAGAUCGUAGACUUGGACAAGAAGAGGAACAGUAACAGGGAGGCGCUGAGCGCUCUGAAACAUGACAUGGCAGACACAGAAAAAGUCCAGGUGUGCUUUGGCAACAUGUUCCUCAAAUUCCCCAAAUCCAAAGCAAGAGAGAUGAUCCAGAAAGAUCAGGAGCAGCUUGACAAGGAGAUCAGCGAUCUUCGUACAAGUCUGAAAGCAAAAGUCAACUGUCUCAAUGAGAUCCAAGGAAACCCUGAGCUCAGAGGGUACAACCUGUCUCCACUGUCCGCUGAAGAACUGAAAGCUAUUAACAGCCUCCUGAGCAGGUGACCUGCUGGAGCCACGUUUCUCUUCACAGCUCUGCCGAACAGACGGACAGAUCCAAGAAAUCCUACAGUGAAUAUGUGUGAAAAUGUUCCUACGUGGAUCCUCCAGGACAAAUACUUAGCAACAGUUAUCAGGGCUCAUAACCAGCCAGAAGCCUUGGACUGGUCCCUUUUUUUAAGGCUGUUGCAGCCUGUUUACUAAAUUUAAGCGUGUAUGUUUUGAGUUUAUCGGUUAGAACCUCUUUUUAUUCCCCACAUUCUGAUUACAAACAGAACUAAUAAAAGAGUUUCUGGGUGUCCACGUCCAUCUUUAGGCUGCAUAAUAAACCUUUAAUGCCUGAA